CACCACGUUUCCACAGUAUCAGGUUGCUCAACUCUUCCUUCUUCUGCAACAAUGGCCUGCAUCCACCCUCCUUGUUUGCUAGCGUUCUUCUUCUUUGCUGCCAUUGCUUCUGCUCAGUUGUCAUCGACUUUCUAUAGCACCUCAUGCCCUCUUGCUAUCCAAACCAUUCGGCUUGCUGUGAGGGCUGCUGUUGCCAAAGAGGCCCGCAUGGGAGCGUCACUACUCCGCCUCCAUUUCCAUGACUGCUUUGUUAAUGGCUGUGAUGGAUCAGUUCUGCUGGAUGACACGUCCAGCUUCACCGGAGAGAAGACUGCAGUCCCCAACAACAACUCCUUGCGAGGCUUCGACGUCAUCGACAACAUCAAAUCCCAGGUUGAGGCCGUCUGCAAGCAAGUCGUGUCCUGCGCUGACAUCCUCGCGGUGGCAGCUCGAGAGUCCGUCGCCGCUCUCGGCGGUCCUUUAUGGACGGUGCAACUGGGAAGAAGGGAUGCAACAACUGCGAGCUUGGAUGCUGCGAACACCGAGAUUCCAUCGCCCAAAUCGGACCUGGAUGAUCUGAUAUCCGCCUACUCCAAGAAGGGUCUCGGCACCACUGACAUGGUGGCGCUCUCAGGAGCACACACGAUCGGGCAGGCGAGGUGCAUCUCGUUCCGGGACAGGAUCUACAACGAGACGAGCAUCGACUCCUCACUGGCCACCUCCCGCCAGUCCAACUGCCCCAGCUCCGGCGACGGCGACGACAACUUGUCGCCCCUUGACGCCGUCACCUGCACGCUCUUCGACAACUUCUACUUCAGGAACUUGGUGAAGAAGAAGGGCCUGCUGCACUCGGACCAGCAGCUGUUCAGUGGAGGAUCCACCGACUCCCUCGUCACCACCUAUUCCACGAACACGGCCAGGUUCUUCAGCGACUUCGCUGCUGCAAUGGUGAAGAUGGGGAACAUAAGUCCUCUCACCGGCACCGAUGGCGAGGUCAGGCUCAACUGCAGGAAGGCCAACUGAGACUGCUGCAAGUAGGAGCAUGCAACAUGCAGAAGGGAUAAGUUGUCCUUCUAAUGUUGUGUCUCUUGUACCAGUCAAAUAAACCUUAAUAUCUAGUGAUAUUAUUGGAACUUUUGCA